GUUGAAGGCAUAGUUUCUUAAGUGAUUUUUGUUUUAGGACUUACCGGUACUUAAAAUGUUGUAAAUGACAACAAUUAAUGAAUAUGUUAACUUUAAACUUUUCUAUUAUAAGCCGUCAAAACUUCUCAGUGCUGUACCAAGUUCAUUUUUUGUAACUGACAGAAUAUUCUAACUAUUGUACAGAUUAUUAUGGUCUGGUGGAAUAAUGUUAAUGCUUUUGGAUUCAUUUUUGUGUUAAGUACAGGAUAUAUCUUUAAGUCAUAUUUCAGUGUGUUUUAUUUUUGUGUGUUUGUGUUUUCUUCAAGAACAGCAUCAAUGACAGCGAUAAAAGAUUUAACUCAUGCAUACACUUUCAUCUUGCACAACGUCACUUGAAGGCUAAAAACACAUCUGAGAAUGACGGGAGGAUGCCUACAUCACGAUAUUACUAUUGAUGUGGAACACAUAAGACAAAAUUAUUUGUGUGAUGAUGUUAGAACUAUCCUGAAAGGGAUACAUCCGGAAUGGUUUACGGAGAGUAUCGAACACAGGAUAAAAUCUAAGGUAUUUAGCGGCGGCAUUUCCAACCAACUGUACGGUUAUUACCUGGACCAGUUGACAGAGGACGCUGUAUUAAUACGCAUAUAUGGGGUCGGUACAGAACAUUUCACUGACAGACCCUUGGGAAACAAAAUAAUUAUGAUGUUACACGAACGUGGCCUUGGCCCGCCGCUUUACGCGACGUUCAACAACGGGAGUGUAUACGGUUACGUUCCCGGAAAGACGCUGGACAACGACUCUUUACGGAAGCCCCACAUACGCAAAUUGAUAGCGGAAGAGAUAGUGAAGAUUCAGAGUGUGACAUUGGACGACCGCGACCGGAAGCCGGCUCUUUGGGACCGGAUGUGGACAUUUUGGGAAAACGGACCGGACAGCUCCGUCAACAAUCCAGAGCAGAAUGAUAAGCUUUGGGCCAGUAUUCCGCCUAAGCACGUUCUGCUGCAAGAAAUGAAUGCCACCCGCGCUCACCUGGAACACGUUGAUUCCCAAAUAGUGUUCUGCCACAACGACCUCGUUACCCACAAUAUAGUGUACAACAAGGACAAUGAAACGGUGACCUUUAUAGACUACGAAUUUGCUAUGUACAACCCCGAACAUUACGAACUGGGCAACCAUUUUAACGAGUAUGCAGGGCUCGAGGAUUUAGACUUUAGCCGAAUUCCUGACAAGGCUUAUCAGAUAGACUGGCUGAGACAUUACCUUCAGCAGAAGGCGAAAUGCCAAGGUCGCUCUCCAAAUGACGUCACUGACUGUGACGUAGAAAGAUGCUACGUGUUGACUAACAAGUUUACAUUGGCUUCCGAUUUAUUGUGUGGUUUAUGGGCUUUGGCUCAAACAAAGCAAUCCCUAAUCGACUUCGGGUAUUUAGAAUACGCCAAGAAGAUGUUUGACCAUUAUUUCUCAAGAAAGGAUGAACUAUUCGCACUCUCGGUUCAUGAGGAUAAACAAGAUCAAGGAAUGUGCGAUUUACGUUCAAAAGUGGAGAGGAUUUAAGAUAAACGAUGUAAAAAUUAGGACAUAUCCACUAAGUUAAAUUUAUUCGCUAAUAUGCUUCAUUUGUACAGUAAUUUCAAACAUCUGUUUUUUUAAAUCACGGUUCCGCCAGAGUCAAAUAAAUACUCUGAGUGAGCUUUAUUUUUAUUACGAUGUCAGUCGUCCAUAUUUUUUUCUCCCACCAAACAGUUUCGAUGAGGGCUUAUAUAGGAGUGUGCUUGUCUUGUCCGCCAGAUAACACAUGAAACGGUCGACGGAUUCAAAUAUAUUUUGGAAUAUAUGUUGAACACCAUACAAUAAAGGUGAAACUUGA